ACAUAUACAUUUGGAGUCAAACAGAUUCAGUGGAUGGCAAUUUAUAUUGCUCGCGCACGGUUUUAGUUAAUUGUUUUCGCCUUUUGUUUUUUUUUUUUACCUUUUUAUUUUCAUUUUUGUAUAUAAGAUUUUAUUUUUUAUAUAUAUAUUUUAAUACACACAACAAGAUGGAACUUAAUUCUCUUUUAAUUCUCCUGGAGGCUGCAGAAUACUUGGAGAGGAGAGACAGAGAAGCAGAACACGGCUACGCGUCGGUCUUACCGUUCAAUAGCGACUUUUCCGGCAAGAAAACAAAAGCCUCGGCACUUUCAAGAAAGGCGCAGAACAAUAGGUCAUCACACAACGAGCUAGAGAAAACCAGUCCCGUUCCGGCCGUGACACUCGGUGGUGCCCUGCUGAUCACAGGGGGGGCCUUCCGCUCACCACGUCUGCAUGUUCGUACUGUGCAGAAGCUGGAGGAGCAGGACCGCAAAGCGCUGAACGUGAAGGAGGCCCUGCAGCGGGAGCACCGCUACCUCAAACGGCGCCUGGAGCAGCUCUCCGUCUCGGGCCUGGAGCGCGUCCGGACCGACAGCAUGGGCUCCACCAUCUCCACCGACUCUGAGCAAGAGGUGGACAUUGAGGGGAUGGAGUUCACCCCGGGAGAGGGCGACAGCAUGGGCAGCGUGAGCGACGCUGAGGAGGACCACUACAGCACACGGAGCAGCUCCGCCUCCAGCCCAGUCUCCGCCUCCAGCCCAGUCUCCGCCUCCAGCCCAGGCUCCUCCUCCAGCCCAGGCUCCGCCUCCAGCUCCGGCAGCUACACACAUUCCCACAGACUUCAGUCCUGCCAUUCCUAAGCGCACUCCCCGGCUCCGCCCAGCGACCCAAAUGCACCACCUUCGUUGAUUUGCCCCAUGUGGGGCGGAAACGGCCUGGCUUCCAAGAAUGGGACCGCAGACAAUGCCACUUGUGACGUCCCCUUCAUCCUCCUCUCUUUACCUCCCCCCCCCCCCCACUUCAUUUGCCACAGUUAUAAUC